UCGUUACUUUCCUCUCCUCAAACAUCCAUCGUCUUUGGCUCCCUCCCAACCCUCCCACUCUCCCACUUUCCAGACAUAACCUUAAAUUAACCAACAUCUCAAGCGAACCGAUUAUGGCUCCCAGGGAAAGACCCGGACCCGUUAACCCGGCAUCGACCUCGGCCUCGAAGGAGAUCCGAUUCAGAGGCGUGAGGAAGCGACCCUGGGGCCGGUACGCUGCCGAGAUCCGGGACCCGGGGAAGAAGACACGUGUUUGGCUUGGCACGUUUGACACCGCUGAGGAGGCCGCGCGUGCUUACGACACCGCCGCCCGCGAGUUCCGCGGCGCUAAGGCGAAGACCAACUUCCCAAACCCUUCCUCUUCCUCCACACAACUCGCCCCCAUCGCUAACAACUCCACUCGCAGCCCCAGCCAGAGCAGCACCGUGGACUCCUCGUCCCCGCCUCCACCGCAGCCUCCGCCACUCGACCUCACUCUCGGCGGCGCUUCUCAUUUCACCGCCCCCACGGCCCAGUUCGGGUUCCCCGUCGUCGCUGCGGCUGCGCGUCCGGUUUACUUCUUCAACGGGUUCGCGAACAUGAGCGGGAACCACCGCGAUUUUUGCAGGUUCGAUCGGACGGUUGCAGAUUUUCACCAGAUCCUGGGCGCUGGGGCCCACAGCGACUCCGAUUCAUCCUCUGUAGUUGAUUGUGAUCGUAUUCCAGCUCGAGGACUGCUGGAUAUUGACCUCAACCUCCCUCCCCGUCCGGAGGUUGCUUGAUCUUGCCGGAUUUUCAAGAUCGCCGGCGAAGAUCCGAGUUUUCCCUAUCGUUUAGCUUCACUGUUGGCCUUUCUUUUCCUUUUUUUUUUUUGGGUGGAUCCGAUCGAAACUGAGAAUGAAUCCUUUAAGAGAAGGCUAAGCUGACGUGUUGUACGGAUUUUCUGAUGAUGACGACAUAUAUGUACAUAGAUAACCAAGAUCUCCUUAUUUUUGCAACUGAGAAAUCUAUCUAGACUCUCUCAUCGUUGUUUCUACCAUUAUUGUUAGUAUCAUAUGUUCAAAUCUUUGAAAUGAAAACCAACUAUUUGUUUUU